AAUCGUGUGACGUUGAGGUGUUUCACACCGCUGCUCGGCCAGCGUCUUUUAUUCUCGAUUUGGCCAUGGCGUCGAAGACCAAGUCGGGCAAGCCCGACGACCAGACGAAGCUCAAGAAGAUCUUAGAUGAGCUCAUGAAGCGCGACGAGAACAGGUUCUGCGCCGACUGCGGCGCCCGCGGCCCGCGCUGGGCGUCGAUCAACCUCGGCGUGUUCAUCUGCAUUGCGUGCUCGGGCAUCCACCGCAGCCUCGGCGUACACCUCACGUUUGUGCGCAGUGUCAACUUGGACGCAUGGACGUCCGACCAAGUCACGCAAAUGCAAAAAUGGGGCAACGCCAAGGCGAAAGAGUACUACGAAGCCUGCGUCCCGCGCGACUACCGCAUCCCGACAGAGCACUCGUCCGUGCGUGACAAGGAAAUGUGGAUUCGCGACAAGUACGAACGCAAGCGAUUUGUGGGCCGUGAAGGCGACGACGGCCCGAGCGCCCGGAGAACGGGCAGCGGCAAGGCCAAGAAGCAAGAAUACGAAAGCGAAGCGUCCGAAGAAGAGCGCGAGCCGGCGCCGUCACGACGAACGGGCAGCGGCAAGGCAGCCCCCAAGGCCGCACCCAAGGCCGCCCCUGCUGCCGAUAUUCUCAACUUUGGCGACUUUUCGGCAGCGCCCGCUGCUGCGGCCACAGCAUCAACCUUUGGCAACUUCGGCGCACCGGCCAACCCCCCGUUCGAUCCGUUUGCUCCGCCUCCGCCCGCCCCCGCGGCCGCCGCCCCCAAGCAAGACGACUGGGGCGGCUUUACGGGCAGCUCUCAGUUUGGCAGUCAGUCCAAGGCUCCGUCUGGUGACGCGUUCUUGCAAGCGCCUGCGCCACCGACACACGAAACCGCGAAGAACAACAUCAUGGCCAGCUUCGGGCCACCGGCGGCGCCUCCGAACCCGUAUGGUGGCAUGAUGCCCCAGGGCCAGCCUCAAUUUGGCGGCGCGCCCAUGCCCGGCUUUGGCGGCCAGCCCAACUUUAACGGCCAGCCCGGUGGUCAGCCCAACUUUGGCGGCCAGCCCGGCGGUCAGCCCAACUUUGGAGGUCAGCCCGGUGGCUUUGGUGGUCCUCCGAAUGCUGGCGGUUUCGGUGGCCAGCCCAACUUUGGUGGCCAGCCCAACUUUGGUGGCCAGCCCAACUUUGGUGGCCAGCCCAACUUUGGUGGCCAGCCGAACGCCGGUGGUCCGCCCAGCUUUGGCGGUCAGCCUAAUGCCGGCGGUUUCGGCGGGCAGCCCAACUUUGGCGGUCAGCCCGCCGCUGGUGGCUUCGGAGGCCAGCCCAACUUCGGUGGUCAACCCGCCGCUGGUGGCUUUAGCGGGCAGCCCAACUUUGGCGGUCAACCCGCCGCUGGUGGCUUUGGCCAGCCUGGCAACAACGGCUUUGGUGGCCAGCCCGGCUUUGGUGCGCCCGCCGGUGGCUUUGGUGGUGCUCCACCGGGCGUGAACUCGAUGGGUGGUGCAGCUCCCGGUGGCUACGGCUCGAACCCGCGGUCAAUGGGUGGCUUCAAUGGCAUGCCGCCACCAAACAUGAUGGGUGGCAACGCGCCGGCGCCCGGCAACUUUGGCAGCAACGGCUCGUCGGGCCCGCGCCCGAUGUUCAACAUGGGCGGUAUGAUGGGCCAGCCGAACGCAGGCAUGGCCCCACCCGGUACGAUGGGUAUGAACAUGGGCCAAGCGCCGCCGCAAGACAACCGCUUUGGCAGCUUUGGCGCCAUGAACUCGAUGCAGCAGCAGCCCGCGCGCGGGUUCCCGCCCCAGCAGCAAUCGCAGCAGCAGGGCAACAACAACAACCAAGGCAUCAACCCGUUCUUCUAACCAUUUCGAAUGCUAAUACCAACGCUCCAUCAUCUUCAGCAAAGAUACAUGAGCGCUGAACGUCGAA